AUGACUUUGUGUACUUGGCACAUUGUUACUACUAAUAUAGGAAAGCUGGCACAAGCUCAGAUCCAUUUGAAUUUCAAGCUCACGGGGGGUCCUAGGCAGGCUCAGCAGGGUGUCGGUGCUAGCGAGGUACCCUGGUACUCGCUGGUAGUGGAACUAGUGGAGGACGUGGUGGUGUUUGGGGUUCAGGGGAGACACAGAGUGGACCAUCCCAGGAGAGGAGAGCUGAGCGGAGGCAUGAACGCCAGAAGAGUCGCUCCCGGGGGGUUGGCUGAGUCCGGACCUCCGCCUGGGUCUGUGAGGAAGAGCCGGAUAGGAGGAAGAGGAGGAGGAGGAGGAGAAGGAGUAUUGCGGACUGAGAAGAUGCUGGUGCUGGAGCUGCUUCUGCUGCUGGUGGUGGGGGUCCCGUCGGGGGGGCGAGGUGCAGAGGCCUGCCCGGCCCCCUGCAGCUGUGACGGGGCCACGGUGGACUGUCACGCCCUGGGUCUCCAGGCCGUCCCCAAGAACAUCCCCAGAGGAACCGAGAGACUAGAUCUGAAUGGAAACAACCUGACAGUCAUCACCAAGACCGACCUGUCUGGACUCAAACAUCUGCGCGUGCUUCACCUGAUGGAGAACCAGAUCAGUAAUGUCGAAAGAGGAGCCUUUGAUGACCUGAAAGAGCUGGAGAGACUACGCCUCAACAGGAACCGUCUGAGCCAGCUGCCGGAGCUCCUCUUUCAGAAGAACGAGCUUCUCUCCCGGCUAGACCUCAGUGAUAACAGCAUCCAGGCUGUUCCCAGGAGGGCUUUCAGGGGAUCCACAGACCUGAAGAACCUCCAGCUGGAUAAGAACCAGAUCGUGUGCAUAGAGGAGGGAGCCUUCCGGGCCCUGCGUUCCCUGGAGGUCCUGACAUUGAACAACAACAACAUCAGCAGCAUCCCUGUCUCCAGUUUCAACCACAUGCCCAAACUGAGAACCUUCCGUCUCCACUCCAACACACUGAGGUGUGACUGCCACCUGGCCUGGCUGGCCCCCUGGCUGAGGCAGCGGCCCUCCCUGGGUCUCUACACGCAGUGCACUUCCCCUCCCAACCUGCGGGGGCUCAACCUCGCCGAGCUCAACAAGAAAGACCUGGCCUGCACAGGUCACAGCGGCAGUGCGUUCGUCCAGCCAUGCAGUUUAGCGUCUGGCUCCUGUCCUCCCAUGUGCUCCUGCAGCAACAACAUUGUGGACUGCCGGGGGCGGGGCCUAACCGCUAUCCCCGCCCACCUCCCCGAGGCCAUGACAGAGAUUCGUCUGGAACAGAAUGGCAUCAAGUCUGUCCCGCCCGGAGCCUUCAGCUCCUACAAGAAACUAAGGAGGAUAGACCUGAGUAAUAACCAGAUAUCCGAGAUCGCUCCCGAUGCAUUUCAUGGCCUUCGAGUGCUCAACUCACUCGUGCUUUAUGGGAACAAGAUCACAGAACUUCCCCAGGGGGUAUUUGAUGGUCUUGCAUCUCUGGAGUUGCUGCUUCUCAACGCCAACAAGAUCCACUGCGUCCGCUCCGGGGCCUUCAAGGACCUGGAGAACCUAGCCCUGCUGUCGCUGUACGACAACAAGAUCCAGAGCCUGGCCAAGGGCACCUUCAGCACCCUGCGCAACAUCCAGACGCUCCACCUGGCCCAGAACCCCUUUGUGUGUGACUGCAGCCUGCGCUGGCUGGCCGACUUCCUGCGCGCCAACCCCGUGGAGACCAGCGGGGCGCGCUGCGCCAGCCCCCAGCGCCUCGCCAACAAACGCAUCAGCCAGAUCAAGAGCAAGAAGUUCCGCUGCUCCGCCAAAGAGCAGUACCUCAUCCCAGGUACAGAGGACAGGCGUCUGAACUUCGAGUGUAACAGCCGACCGCUUUGUCCCGCUAAGUGCCGCUGCGAGGCUAACGUGGUCGACUGCUCCAACCUGAGACUCACCAAGUUCCCCCAACACCUCCCUCCAUCCACUGAGGAGCUGCGACUGAACAACAACGACCUGUCAGUGCUGGAGGCCACCGGAGUCUUCAAGGGCCUCUCGCACAUCAAGAAAAUAAACCUGAGCAACAACAAGAUCUCUGAGAUUGAGGACGGGGUGUUCGAGGGGGCGGAGUCUGUGGUGGAGCUCCACCUCACAGCCAAUCACCUGCAGUCUGUCCGGGGCACCAUGUUCCGCGGCAUGGAGGGACUACGCAUGCUCAUGCUGAGGAACAACAAGAUCAGCUGCCUCCACAACGGCAGCUUCACAGGGCUCAGCAACGUGAGGCUGCUGUCCCUCUACGACAACCAGCUGAAGACCGUCCUGCCUGGAGCCUUCCACACCCUGCCCCACCUCUCCACCCUAAACUUGCUGGCCAAUCCCUUUAGCUGUGACUGCCGUCUUUCCUGGCUGGGGGUGUGGCUUCGCAACCGGCGAAUCGUAACUGGGAACCCCCGCUGUCAGAGCCCCGACUUCCUCCGGGAGAUCCCCCUACAGGACGUAGCAGAGCAGGACUUCCGCUGUGAGGAAGGCUCCAUGGGGCUGGAGGAGGGGGGCUGCCUGCUGGAGCCGUCCUGCCCGGCCCAGUGCACCUGUGUGGACACGGUGGUGCGCUGUAGCAACAAACACCUGGAGGUCCUGCCCAGGGGGCUUCCUCGCAACCUGACCGAGCUGUAUCUGGAUGGUAACCAGCUGACCAGUGUUCCCAAGGAGCUGGCCUCUUUCAAGUUCCUCCAGCUGGUAGAUCUGAGUAACAACAAAAUCAGCUCCCUGGCAGAUGACGCCUUCUACAACAUGAGCCAGCUGACGACACUAAUCCUGAGCUACAACUCCCUGCGUUGUAUUCCUCCUCUGGCAUUGGGGGGCCUACGCUCUCUCCGUCUGCUCUCGCUCCAUGGCAACGACAUCUCUGAGCUCCACGAGGACAUCUUCACCGACGUCUCCUCUCUCUCGCACCUGGCGAUCGGGGCCAACCCGCUGUUCUGUGACUGCAGGCUGCGCUGGCUGUCCUCCUGGGUGAAGAGUGGCUACAAGGAGCCCGGCAUUGCCCGCUGUGGGGGCCCUCCCGGCAUGGAGGGGAAAUUACUGCUCACCACGCCUGGGGAGAGCUUCCAGUGUCUUGGUCCGGUGGAGACAUCGACACGCUCCAAGUGCAGCCCGUGUGCAUCGUCCCCGUGUCAGAACCGGGCCUUGUGCCAGCCCCAUCCCACCGAGAUGUACACCUGUUCCUGUACACCUGGCUUUACGGGGAAGUAUUGUGAGACGUCUACGGAUGUGUGUGCCAGUAACCCCUGCAGCAAUGGAGGAACCUGUCUCCCUGACCAACACAACACAGGCUUCAGCUGUGUGUGUCCAUACGGUUUUGAGGGGUCGCUCUGCCAGGUGAACGUGGAUGACUGCCAGGACCAUGGCUGUGAGAACAGCGCCACCUGUGUGGAUGGAGUGGGGAACUACACCUGCCUUUGUCCUCGCUUUUACAUAGGUGUGCUGUGUGAGGAGGAGGAGGGUGUUUGUUCAGCAGGUAGAAACCCCUGUCAGCACCAGGGCACCUGUCUUACCACCUCCACUGGGGCCAGGUGCCUGUGUAUCCCAGGCUGGGUGGGGGGUGACUGCAGUAUCGACUACAACGAGUGUGUGGACCACCGCUGUGAGAACGGAGCGCAGUGUGAAGACCACCUGGACGGUUACACCUGCGUCUGUCUGCCAGGAUUCAAGGGUGAGAGGUGUGAAGUGUCCUCCCCCCCUCCCUCCCCCUGCCAGCUGGCUGUCUGUCAGAACGGCGCCCCCUGCAGGGAUCAGGGGGGCGUGGCCGUGUGCCAGUGCCCGUCAGGCUUCCAGGGCCAGCGCUGCGAGCGAUUGGUCAGCCUAAAUUUUCUGGACCCGGACUCCUACGUCCAGCUGGGGGAUAUCAGGGACUGGCCCCAAGCCAACAUCACCCUACAGGUGUCCACAUCGGAGGAGAAUGGCAUCCUGCUCUACAACCAAGAUGAGCCCAUCGCCAUGGAGAUCCACCAAGGUCACGUCAGGGUCACCUACAACCCUGGGAACCAACCAGCUACUGCUAUCCACAGCGUGGAGACCGUGAACGACGGGCGGUUCCACACGGUGGAGCUGAUGACCUUUGACCGGAUGGUGAACCUGACUGUGGACGGAGGAGAGCCCACCACCCUGGACAGCCUAGGGCGUGUGCCACGCAGCGGAGAGGGCCCCCUGUAUGUGGGAGGCAUGCCUGACGAGACGGUCCCCUCGGCCCCCAGCCGCCCCCCCCAGCUGCUGAACGGCUCCAGCUUCCAGGGCUGUAUCAGGAACCUGUACAUCAACCAGGAGCUGCAGGACUUCACGCGCGGUCGCAUGCGCCCUGGCGUGGUUCCCGGCUGCCACGCCUGCCGCAAGCUGCUCUGCCUGCACGGCUUCUGUCAGCCACACGGCGCACAGGGUCCUGAAUGCUACUGCCAGCCGGGAUGGGCGGGACAACACUGCGACCAGCCAAUAGCAGGAGGCCUGGCAUUGGUUGCUGUGACCUCUUCGACAGAGGCCGACCCUUGUCAAGACAACAAAUGUGUGAGGGGCGUGUGCGUCCCCCUCGACGGCUACACCUACCGCUGUGAUCACCAGCAGGGGGAGGCACCAGCGCUGGCAGGAGGAGGAGGAGGAGCACUUUGGGGAGGUGCAGCGGUAGGAAGAGCAGCAGCUGACGGGGGCUGGUGCCAGGGGUUGCGAUGUCAUCGCGGCCAGUGCCAGCAGACUGAGGACGGGGUUCACUGUGUCUGUGACCCAGGAUACACCGGGGAGCACUGUGAUGUUGAGUCGUCAUGCCAGGGCGAGGUGGUGAGGGACUUCCACCGGCUGCAGCGUGGCCAGUCCCGCUGCCAGACCUCCAAGACCUACUCCUGGGUGGAGUGUCGGGGUCGCUGCGGGCGGACGCCAGGCGGCCGGAAACGCCAGACCAUCACCGCUCCACCCACUCCUUCCUCCUGCUGCGCCCCCCUCAGAAUGAGGCGCCGGCGGCUGACCUUCGAGUGCGACGACGGGACGUCCUGGACGCAAGACGUGGAGAAGCCCGUCGAGUGCGGCUGCAAGGAAUGCGUGUAGUGUCCCACUCGACUCCUCCCCCUCACCACCACCAUCA